GUGGGAGAGCACAGAGGCUGCAGUCUGGGCACCGUGGAGCUGCGUGUGUGCAUGUGUGGGCGUGCACGUGUCCGGUGCCGACGUGAGGGCUGGGCACACGCAGGGCCCGCUGCACACGGGUGUGUUUCAGAGCAGUGUGUGAACGAGCGCGUAGGCAGGAGCCUGUGCUGUGUGUGCACGUGCUCUCCGUGUGCAAGCCUUCCCCACUGGCAGCCAUGCAGCACACCCCCGCCCCCAGCCUGCCUGUGUCGUGGGAGCCUCGGGACCCCGAGGGAGGGAAGCUGCUGCUAGCGGAUGUGGCCAAGAUGGACUGGAUUUAUUUAGAUUAAGGCGGUGGGAAAGGAGUGGAAGCUUGUAUGAGCAGGAAGGAGAGAAGGCUGGGGCUCUCACAGUGACUCCUCAAGCACGCUUGCUCUCCUGGGCUUGCGGUCCUCUGCUCACUUGGGGUUCUCCCCUGGACCAAGGGAGGGGUUCCCUCUGACUCACUGUGAGGAGCUGGGCAAUCAUCUCAUCUUUGGUCCUCAUACCCCCAACCUGGCCAAGAUAGGAGGAAUCACGGGAACUCGCCUCAUGUGCGAAGCAGGGGAUCUCCGAGGGUCCCCUCCCUCUCUCUGCUCCAAGGGCCUCCCCAGGCAGGAGAGUGUGGCAGGAAGGGGGAUGCCUCCUCCCUGACUAUGACACCCACCUUGUCCCAGGUGGUCCCUCCUUGGAGCGCAGCCCUGCCCCUGAAGAAGGGGAGUGGUCACAGGCAAGUCCUCCACCCCCAUAUCAGCCACCUGGGCCCCUCUGGGGUCGGCUGGAAAUACAGCAGCCCCUGGGAAGCACAGAAGUCUAUAAGGCAUUGGAUGGACAACUGGGGGUGUCAGGGAAUCAUCCAAGAUGGCCCAGGAGGUCAUGUCCCAAGCCCCACUCUGGUUCUUCCCAGUCCACCGGCCUGUGGCCCACACCACGCUUCCGCCUGCCACCUCCUGAGUGUCCACAUCACCCGUUUAUUUGUCUGGAAGUCACCUGAAAGACUGAAGUCCAGAGACGGAGGCAACUUGUCAAAGUACACACAGCAAAUCUGGGACCAAAUCGUCAGGGGAUUGAAUCCAUGGAAUGAGAUGGGUUAUGGAUUCUUAUUCUACGUCAGCCUCAGGAAUGUUACCCUUCCUCCCAUCAGUCCCUAUGUCCCCAACCCACCCCGGCAGGAAUAAUAGUGACCAGAAUCUUCUCUCUGGCAGUUUUAGAGCACGAUGGCUCUUUGAGAUGACCCAUCCACACCUCUCCCUGUGUGGAUGGGGAAACUGAGUCCCAGAGAGGGCUGGAGACACCCUCAGUCUCAGAGUAGGUCUGAAGCCCCAUGUGAAAUGCUCAUUUCAUAAAGAGAGAAGCCAGUCCAAGAUCCCUGGUUGUCCAUACUCUCCCGAAGGUGGCUGCACUCUCCCUGAGCUCCUGUGCCCAGCCCAUCCUCUCCCUGCAGCCUGAUUCCAUCUUUUUGCUGUGUGACCGGGCCAUGACUCUGUCCGUCUCUGGGCCUCUGCUGCCCGUUCGAGAAGGCCCCUCCAAGCUCAGCGUCUCAGGGACUCUAAGCCCCCUUAGCGCCAGGCCUAGCAGGAGAGAAGCCAGGGUCGGGGGUGGUGGGGGAGGCCGCUUGCCCGCCCAGAGGCCCGGCCCACAGCCUUCCAGAGCCAGGCCAGUCCUAGUUGCCGUGACCUCCCAUCUCCAGGCCAGCCGACCAAAUUCCUCCUUUAGAAUAAUAAACAGUGUGGCCAGCCAGGGAGGCCAGGAGGGGAGGGGCAGGGAGGCUGAAAUGACCCCCUCCCCCAGCCUCCGCUGCUAACGAUUUUCUUUGGCCGAGAUCUCUGGUAGGAAGGGGGGAUCCAGAGGGGCACCCAACCAAGGGACAGAUAGGCCUCUGUGGUGGAUGCUGGCUCCGCCAUGGCGCUGCUCCCUCCUGCUGGAAGAGGCCUGGCAUCCAGCUGGAGGGCUGGGGCAGGAGGGAUGGGAGAGUAGGGCACCGUGGAGGGGGCCUCAGAUUGGCUGGGCUUUGAGUCUAAAGCAACUGGGAGAGGGGACCCUCAGGCAGGCUGGUCUGAAGGGAUGGGGAGAAUGAGGAGAAGGAGAGCAGAUUCAUUCAGGGAGCUUCUGAGGGCACUGGGCAGAGCCGAGACCAGCGACCCCAAGCCAGGGCCAUUGCCUGUGUCCCGUGACUAAUGUGUAAGUGCAGCCCUGUAAGUGGUAUACUUGCCGUUGUCCCAUUUUGAGAGCUGCAGACUGAGGCCACUGAGAUAGUGAUGGUGCAGGAGGUAGCCCUGCUGGGGCUCAAACCCGGAUCCCAGCCCUGGCAUGGGAACUGAAAAGGGUGAGAUGAGAGUGGAGUGGGAGCAAUCGGUGUGUGGCCUUAGGAGCCGGGCCAGGCAGGGCAGCCACUCAGGGAAGGCAGGAGCCCCACUCUCCCGGUUGCCUUGUCACCUGGUCUCUCCCACAUUUCUUGCUCUAUGACCCCCACCCACUUCUGGCCUUCUUCCUGUUGAUCCUACAGUCAGACCUUUGCAAGCCUGGUUAUUUUGGACCCUCGGAAGGGGCUGCCAAGGGCAGGGGUAGGGCAAAGACGCACGCAGUGCGAUCCAUCUCUCUCCGUGUCCCUGCUUCUGUCUCCCUCUGCCUCCAUCACCCGGUGCUUCCUUUCUCUCUGUCUCUUGGCGUCUUUGUCUUUUUACCUCUAUCAUUCCAGUCCCUUUGUCUCCCUCCAGGACAAGCGCUGCUGUGUAGCCUCGGGUAAACUUCUUCCCCUAUCAGAGCCUCACUCUCCCCAUCUGGACCCUGGAGGUGUGGGUGGGGGCUUUGGAUUCAACAGUUUCCAAGGACCGCUGAAGCUGUGCUGUGCGGGGUGGCCUCCCCUGGGCCCAGCCCCCGGCCCCUCCCUCCUGGGCCUCCCUGGGCAGCUUGGGGCUGAGUAAAGGGGGCCAGUGCGGGGGGGGGGUGUGCCCCCCACAUUCCACAGCCCCCGCUUCCCUCCCCAACGCCGCCUCCAUUUCCUGUUGUGCUUGUGGAGCUGUGGGAGUUCUCCGGGUUCUGGCUUACCCCCUCCUUCUCCCCUAGGCCUUUCAUCACACUUUCCCAAAUAUUUGUCCUGGCAGAUAAGAGCCUGGUAUUGGAACUGUCACCCGGAGGACAGGCUGUUAGAGCUGGCGGGCCCCUGGACACCAUCCAGCCCAAGACCCGCCCCUCACAUACAUACAGAGAAACCAAGGCCCAGGGAGAAGCAGGGGUCUCGGCCGAGGCCAUCAGGGAGGAUACCAUGCGGCCUCCGAGUGCCAUGCAAGCUCCUGUCCUCGAAGGUCAGGUGCUGUUGCUGCCCUUGCUGUUGUUGCUGGGACCACAGGCCUCCUGGGGCCUGGUCAUCACACCCCCGGGGCCAGAGCUUGUCCUCAAUCUCUCCAGCACCUUUGUUCUGACCUGCUCGGGUCCAGCUCCAGUGGUGUGGGAACGGAUGUCCCAGAAGCCCCCACAGGAAAUGACCAUGAGCCAGGACGGCACCUUCUCCAGCGUGCUGACACUGACCAAUGUCACUGGGCUAGACACAGGAGAAUACUUUUGUACCUACAAAGGCUCCCAUGGGCUGGAGGCCAGCGAGCGAAAACGACUCUACAUCUUUGUGCCAGAUCCCACUGUGGGCUUCCUCCCUGUUGACCCCGAGGAACUAUUCAUCUUUCUCACGGAAAUAACUGAGACCACAAUUCCGUGCCGAGUGACGGACCCGAGACUGGUGGUGACGUUGCAUGAGAAGAAGGUGGAUGUCCCGCUGCCCAUCGCCUAUGACCACCAACGUGGCUUCUCUGGUACCUUUGAGGACAAGACCUACGUCUGCAAAACCACCAUCGGGGACAGGGAGGUGGAUUCGGAUGCCUACUAUGUCUACAGCCUCCAGGUGUCAUCCAUCAACGUCUCAGUGAAUGCGGUGCAGACUGUGGUCCGCCAAGGGGAGAACAUCACCAUCAUGUGCAUUGUGACUGGGAAUGAGGUGGUCAACUUUGAGUGGACAUACCCACGCAUGGAGAGUGGGCGGCUGGUGGAGCCAGUGACCGACUUCCUCUUUGAAAUGCCCCACAUACGUUCUAUCCUGCACAUCCCCAGUGCCGAGCUGGGAGACUCAGGGACCUACAUCUGCAAUGUAUCAGAAAGUGUGAGCGACCAUCGAGAUGAAAAGGCCAUCAAUGUCACCGUGGUCGAGAGCGGUUACGUGCGGCUGCUGGGAGAGCUGGACCCUGUACAAUUCGCGGAGCUUCACCGCAGCCGGACACUGCAGGUGGUGUUCGAGGCCUACCCGCCGCCCACUGUCAUGUGGUUCAAGGACAACCGGACCCUGGGUGACUCUGGCGCCGGCGAGGUUGCGCUGUCCACGCGCAAUGUGUCUGAGACCAGGUAUGUGUCAGAACUGACACUGGUGCGGGUGAAGGUGGCUGAAGCUGGCCGCUACACCAUGCGGGCCUUCCAUGAGGAUGCUGAAGCCCAGCUCUCCUUCCAGCUGCAGGUCAACGUGCCUGUCCGUGUGCUGGAGCUAAGCGAGAGCCACCCUGCCAGCGGCGAGCAGACAGUCCGCUGUCGUGGCCGGGGCAUGCCCCAGCCACACCUCAGCUGGUCUACCUGCAGCGACCUCAAAAGGUGUCCGCUGGAGCUGCCUCCCACGCCACUGGGGAACAGUUCCGAGGAGGAGAGCCUGCUGGAGACGAACGUGACGUACUGGGCAGAGGAGCAGGAGUUCGAGGUGGUGAGCACGCUGCGCCUGCGCCGUGUGGAUCAGCCGCUGUCAGUGCGCUGCACGCUGCACAACCUUCUGGGCCAAGACGUUCAGGAGGUCACCGUGGUGCCACAUUCCUUACCCUUCAAGGUGGUGGUGAUCUCGGCAAUCCUGGCCUUGGUGGUGCUCACGAUCAUCUCCCUCAUCAUCCUCAUCAUGCUCUGGCAGAAGAAGCCACGCUAUGAGAUCCGAUGGAAAGUGAUUGAAUCUGUGAGCUCUGAUGGCCAUGAAUACAUCUACGUGGACCCUAUGCAGCUGCCUUACGACUCCACCUGGGAGCUGCCGCGGGACCAGCUUGUGCUUGGACGCACCCUGGGCUCCGGGGCCUUUGGGCAGGUGGUGGAGGCCACGGCUCACGGCCUGAGCCAUUCGCAGGCUACCAUGAAAGUGGCCGUCAAGAUGCUGAAAUCCACAGCCCGCAGCAGCGAGAAGCAAGCUCUCAUGUCGGAGCUGAAGAUCAUGAGUCACCUCGGGCCCCACCUGAACGUGGUUAACCUGCUGGGGGCCUGCACUAAAGGAGGGCCCAUCUUCAUCAUCACCGAGUACUGCCGCUACGGCGACCUGGUGGACUACCUGCACCGCAACAAGCACACCUUUCUGCAGCGCUGCUCCAACAAGCGCCGCCCGCCCAGCGCUGAGCUCUACAGCAACGCCCUGCCCGUUGGGCUCCCGCUGCCCAGCCAUGUGUCCCUGCCUGGGGAGAGCGAUGGUGGCUACAUGGACAUGAGCAAAGAUGAGUCAGUGGACUACGUGCCCAUGCUGGACAUGAAAGGGGACGUCAAAUACGCAGACAUCGAGUCCUCCAACUACAUGGCUCCUUAUGAUAACUACGUCCCCUCCGCUCCUGAGAGGACCUGCCGGGUGACUUUAAUCAACGAGUCCCCAGUACUUAGCUACACGGAUCUUGUGGGCUUCAGCUACCAGGUGGCCAAUGGCAUGGAGUUCCUGGCCUCCAAGAAUUGCGUCCACCGAGAUCUGGCAGCCAGGAAUGUGCUCAUCUGUGAGGGCAAACUGGUCAAGAUCUGCGACUUUGGCCUGGCUCGUGACAUCAUGCGGGAUUCGAACUACAUCUCCAAAGGCAGUACCUUCCUGCCUCUGAAGUGGAUGGCCCCCGAGAGCAUCUUCAACAGCCUCUACACCACCCUGAGCGACGUGUGGUCCUUCGGGAUCCUGCUCUGGGAGAUCUUCACCCUGGGUGGCACCCCGUACCCAGAGCUGCCCAUGAACGAGCAGUUCUACAAUGCCAUCAAGCGGGGCUACCGCAUGGCCCAGCCUGCCCACGCCUCUGACGAGAUCUAUGAGAUCAUGCAGAAGUGCUGGGAAGAGAAGUUUGAGAUUCGGCCCCCCUUCUCCCAGCUGGUGCUGCUUCUCGAGAGACUGCUGGGCGAGGGUUACAAAAAGAAGUACCAGCAGGUGGAUGAGGAGUUUCUGAGGAGCGACCACCCAGCCGUCCUUCGGUCCCAAGCCCGCUUGCCCGGCUUCAAUGGCCUCCGAUCCCCCCUGGACACCAGCUCCGUCCUCUACACUGCUGUGCAGCCCAACGAGGGUGACAACGACUAUAUCAUCCCCCUGCCUGACCCCAAACCCGAGGUUGCUGAUGAGGGACCACUGGAGGGUUCCCCCAGCCUUGCCAGCUCCGCCCUGAAUGAAGUCAACACCUCCUCUACCAUCUCCUGUGACAGCCCCCUGGAACCCCAAGAGGAACCAGAGCCAGAGCCCCAGCCUGAGUGCCAGGUGGAGCCAGAGCCCAAGCGGCCGUCGGAUUCCAGCUGCCCUGGGCCUCGGGCCGAGGCGGAGGACAGCUUCCUGUAGGGGCUGGCCCCCACCCUGCCCUACCCGAAGCUCCCCCUCUACCUCCCAGCACCCUGCGCCUCCUGGCCUGGCCCAGCCUCCCAGCAGCCAGGCUGUUCCCAUCAGCUGUCCCCUCGGGAAAGCUUCUGCCCCUGGCACAUCACACCCUGACCCCUGGGGCUGGCUUAGGAGGUAAGAGAACCGUAGGGACCAUGACCGGUCCUCUGCCUCUGGAGAGCGCAUGUGACUCUGAGCCAGGCUUCUCCCAGGGUUCUCAGUUUCCCCAUCUGUAAGGUGGGAAAGGUGGGCUUGGCAACCCACCAUCUGGGAUUCUCACCCUGGCUGACAGAUAUGGAGGCUGGAAUCCCUGAGGAGAUGCUCAAGGUUCAUGAGGUGGUAGGUUAACUUUUUUUCUGUUCAGCCAGCUGCCCCUCAAGGAGCUGCAGCUUUCUCCUUGCACUUUUUCCUGCCCAAGAGCUGGGGAAGGGACCCUAGCAUCUCCGGCUCCUGGCUGAGCUAGGGCCUGGCCUUGGACAGUGUUGUCUCAUCCAGAAGCCACCUCCCCUCAAUGCCAGUCUUUGCUUUCCCAGGCCCAGGCUGGUCUGGGGCCUUCCAAGCUUAAUUAAUGCUGGGGGCUGAGCCAAGGACAGGACACCCUGGCCUGUAGCCCCUGCCCCAGGCACUCGGGGUACACCUCCCCGUAACAUGCCUGUGUCCGUGUCUUCCUGGCCCCAUGGAUCCAGGGGUCUUUUUCCUCAUCACUGCCAGUCUUACUCCACUCACCAGAGUCUCCAGGGCCAGAUGGGCCCCACGUCUGUGAUGAGUGUGUUGACGUGCCUGCAAGAGGUGUCCACGUGUAUGGACCAAUGUGGCAUUGGACCCGCUAAGAGACCUUGGAGGAAUCCCUCGCCCUCUGUUUUCCCUGUUGAAAAAUGAGCAGGUUGGACUCAUUGACUUCUGGUGCCCUGCCAGCACUAACAUUCUAGAAUAUUCCAGGGGUUGCACACUUGCCCAGAUGAAGCAAAGAUAAACCCUCCAAACCUCUAUCCUGGGUUAGUUGGGGUCUGGGGAGGUUCCAGGCUACACAGCACACUCCAGGCAUUCAGGAGCUGUGCCCCUCCCCCAGGCCCCUGGCAAGUCCCCAAAGGCCAGCUGCCCAGGCCUUGACUCUGAGCGACAGCCAGUGUCCUGGAAAGCCCCCAGAAGCUGCCCCAGGGACAUGGGGAGACCGUGGGACCCCUUUCAGCACCCACAUGACCUCUGGAGCUAUUCUGGGCAAAGGAGGCCGAGACCACCUGACACAGCCCACCACUCGUACCUGCUGUCCAGGUCUGUGCCGCAGACCUAGAGGACAGUGAACGGACAAGAAACCUUGGAUGGGGGACCUGAGGAAGGGGCGCAAGAGGUGGGUACUUUGGGGGGUGUCUUCCCACCUGCCAGCUACCCCACCCUGAGGCAGGAACCGUAGAACAUGGCUUUGUCUGCCCGGGGAUGCUCACCUCACUGUGUCUGCCAGCCCAGUUGGCACUGGAGGGAACUGGGGCGUGAGGGCUGUGGCCGAGACUGCUGGCAGGGGAAGGGCUGGACGGAGGGUGAGGGAAGGUCAGCGCCUCUGGGCACCAGCCCCUUGUGUUGGUUGGCGCCUCCCCGCCCCAGGACCCCCGCAGCCUGGUCAAGGAGAGGGCGUGGGUUCUCACUACGGUACCAAAGAUGUAAUCACCUAGGUUUACAAGUAUUUUUAGGACUCACAUUAACUCACAUUUAUACAACAGAAGUGCUAUUUUGUAUGCCAUCAACUUUUCUUCUCUGUGUACCUUUUUUUUUAAAGAAAGAUUUUAAUAUUAAACCUGGUGCUUCUCACCCACA